CCCAAUCAGUGUAAUUUACAAAUGAGGUGUUUUUACAUUACCAAAAUUAUAUAUUGAAUCUGUUGUAAAUUAAGAAAAAGUUUAAAGUCAAAAUGAUGUUUAUAGAGUAAAAUUAUUUAGUAUUUGUAUUAUAUUUUCGACUUGUUCCAAAAAUAUUUAUUAAUAUGGAUACGUUCAUGGAGUGUUAUUUUGAAGAGGUAUUCAGUAACAUGGGACGCGACUGUUUGAACGAGAGAAUGAAAAGGCGGGAAUUGGUCGAAUACUUCAGUACUGUCAUAGCCGGGUGUGCCAGAGGUCAAAACCAUUCAGACAACACAUCAUGCAAGAACUUUGUGAUAUCUGCGUUGAGGUACCACAACAAAUGCAAGACCAGCAAUGGGGAUGUGUGCCUCAUGGGAAAGUACCACAACCUCCUAUACAUCGCUAUGAAGUUAGCAUUUGAUUGGAGUCUACAAGACAAUGGAGUUGUGGCAGCCUUACUGGACGAACUAUACGCUUGUGAGGGAACUUUUGAGAGGAUAUUUUUAGGAGCAAUAUUCGGUACAUCGGCACCGUAUUUCUUAGCUGGUUGGAAAUCAGACUUCAUGGAUAAAGAAGAAAACGUUCACGCAUUGGUUUUCUUUCUAGACCAUGCGACCAAUGCCAAUCUUGAGUAUAAAGAAAAUGGUAGAACAUUCCGUUUUAUAGACGUGCCGUUAGAAAGCUGUGGACAUGCAUCCCCGGUCAGGGUUGUCAUACAAAUGGGAGCAGCUGAAAUGCUGAUGAUACUACUCAGAUUUGGAGCAAGAAUAACAUCGGAUAGGGUUUCCACAAACCCGAUCGAAUCAAUUUUGGAUAGACUGAAUGAGUACAAUAGAAAAUAUCCUUACGAAUUAGUAACUUGUCUCAAAUUGGCUAUGAGAGCAGUUCCAAGCAUAUGUUUGACUGUUGAUAAAAGUGUAUUAAAGCAUUUGGAAUUGCCAGACGAUUACAAUUAUCAAAGGAGACUGAUGUUGGAGAAGUACGGAGAUAUUUUAGAAGAUCAUUUGGUCCCAAGUUCGAGAUGUGGAUUGAAACCAGUCGAGUUAAAACAUUUAUCUAGAUGUGCUGUGCGACAAAUACUUUGGGAGAAUUUUGAGUUACCAUUGGGUAUACAGAAAUUGCCAGUUCCGUCGUCUUUGAAGCGCUAUUUAGAUUUGUGUGAAGAUUAAAUAUAAAUUUUA